AGUAUUCAGAACCUACGUUGGGAGCAGCCAGCUUUAUAAAAGCUAGACGACUGUGGAACGAGCAUAAGUCUGUCUGAGAAUGAUGGCAAGAAUACAGACAACUUUAAUUUGCCUCCUUCUCCCCUGUCUCCUUCAGGAUUCAUUAAGUAGACAUGUCCCCCAUGAAGGUGGCCAUGCUUUGCAACCUCGCAUCCAGAGAGACAUAAAGAAUGUAGAUCCCCCUGUGGUCUUACAGGGGCCAAUAACUCAUGGAACGGAUGUAGACGCAAUCCUCCGGAAGCACAAUAUCACUUUACCAAAUGGCUACCUUGGUCAGUGCACUGUUGUGAACAGCUGUGAGGGUCUGAAAGAGCAACUGGAGGACACAAACAGACAAUUGCAUGAGAAAACCAGCCACACCAUUCAACUGGAACAAGAAGUGUUUAAACUGAAGCUCACAGUGAGACAGUUGAGAGUGAAGUCUGCAACCUGCGGUCUGGAAACAUCAGAUCACAUUGCCAAACUGCAAGCUCAGUUGGAGGAUAAGAUGAGUCAACUGGAACAGAUGUCGCAUGACAAUGGAAACCUGGUUCUGAGGAUCACAGCUCUUACCUAUGAAGUGAAUGAAUUACAGAAGAAGAACACAUCCACCUCAACUUCCACCAAGAUCACUGACCUACUGAGCCAGCUGGAGGAAAAGAACAAAGAAUUGCAGUUUAAAACAGAACAACUGGAAAAGAACAGUCACAGUUCUCAACGUAUUCUUGAGAUUAUUGAACUGCAGACCCAGAUCUGGGAGUUAGAGAAAACAAAUCACAGUCAGGAGACUUUAACCCAAAUCACUGUUCUACAGAGACAACUGGAUGCCAAGAUCAAUGAACUGGAGAGCAACUCCAAAGGGAGUGAUGACUCCAAAAUAGUGGUGAUGAUGAUCACAUUGGAGAAUGAGAUUACAGAGCUACAGAAAAGGAUCUUGGAGCUCACUGAGGAAUCCAAAACUAAAAUGACUGAUCUACAGAGGCAACUGAAGGAGAUGAACCAGCAACUAAUUGACAAGAUAUUACAACAGCCUGACAACAACACUAACACUGAACUAACUGAGGAGAUUUUAGCGUUGCAGAAUGCAAUAAAUAACCUAUACAUACAAAUAUCAAACCUACAAAAGAAGACCAAUGCCCAACAUGCAGCGCUGCAGAAGAAUUUAAACAACAAGGAAAAACAACAAGAAGCUUGGAAGAAACAACUGAAGGGGGAGGACGAGACUAGCGUACAGCUGAUUAUGAAGAUCAUUUCUAUAAUGAGGGAACAGAGGGAUUUACAGAUACAAACAACACAGCAGAUGCAGACAACAGCAGCCCAGAUCACUGCACUUCUGCAACAAGUUCAGGACAAAGAGGAUGAGAUUGACAGAGUUCAGGCUGAAAACAAAGACCUGCAGAAACAGCUGAAGGAGAAUAAUGCAACGUGUUUCAGUCUCGAGAACAAAUAUGACCGGGUGAGGGGUGAAUUAGAGGACAAGAUAAACUUACUUAACAGUCAAAAUUCAGGCUCCAAACUAGUUCUGAGUAUCGUGGCUCUGAAUGAUGAAGUGAAGUGGCUGAGGACUCAAAUAAUUUCUCCAGAAGCCGCAGACAAGAUCGAUGAGCUGCAGAAGCAACUGGAGCAGAAAAACCGAGAAUUAAAAACGAAGAGCAACGAACUGCAGGAAAAAAGUUCAAACGGACAAAGGAUUCUGAGAAUAAUUGAGGUGCAGAAUCUGAUAUGGGAGUUCCAGAAAGGAGUGGAUACUCAGAGCAACAUUUACCAGAUUGCAGUGCUACAGAAAGAGCUGAAUGACCUGACUGCUGAAAUGGAGGACAAGGCCGAUGACGACUCAAAACUGGUUCUGACGAUAACCACAUUACAGAGUGAGGUGGUCAACCUACAGAGAAUGCUGUCAGCUCUCAGUCAGUCAACCACAGCCCAGAUAGUUCGGCUGGAGAAGCAGUUGGAGGAUAAGAAGAAGCAGUUGGCCACGCUGGUUGAGCAAAGUGGAAAGGGUCCAAAAAUGUCAAACCUUGAGAAUCAAAUAAGUGAAAUAGAAAAGAGAAUAGCAGAGCUAAAAGAAGAAAAUCCUGAAGCCAAGAUCACUGAGCUGACAACACAGCUUAAGGAAAGCGAGAGGCAGCUUGAGGAGAACAUAAAAAGACUGAAGAAGAAAGACAGCAAGAAUUCUUACCUGAUUAUGCAAAUUCUUCAUCUACAAAGGAAACUCAGAGACAUACAAAAUGCUGCAUCUCAGCAAUUCAAUGAAACUGCUGCUGAUGUUACUGCGCUUCAGGAACAACUAGAGGCCAGAGAGGAAGAGAGCGCCAGAUGUCAGGCCCAGAACAAAGACCUGGAGAAGAGGCUGGGCGAUAAGGAUGCACAGUGCUCUGGACUCCAGGACCGAUAUGACAAUCUGCAAGAUAAGCUUGGUUCUGCAAUGAAUAAACUGGACAAUGUAACUGGAUACAACGACAAACUCGUUCUUGAGGUAUGGACCCUGACUAAUGAGGUAGACGAUCUAAAGAAGAGAACUGUGACUUCUGCAACUAAGAUCAAUGAGCUCCAAAAGUUGCUGGAUGAGAAGAUCAAAGAACUGGCAAAGAAAACACAGGAACUGGAGGAUAACGCUCCUCAACCAGAGAAUGUUCUAAGGAUCAUUGCAAUACAGAAUGAGAUCUUGAACCUGCAGAAAGGAGUUAGCAAUGGGACAAACUUUGACCAGAUUGCUGCACUUGAGAAUGAACUGGAUGCAUUGAUUGCCACAAUCGAGGAGAAGAACAAUGGCAACUGUAGACAGAUUCUGCAGAUCAUUGCACUCCAAAAUCAAGUGACAAGAUUGCAGAGGCAAGAGUUAGAGUUCAAUCAGUCAUCUGAGGCCAAGAUUGCUGAGCUAGAGAAUCAGCUACAGGAGACGAGAGACCAGCUGAAUGAAAAGAAAGACGAGCUGAAAGAAACUGACAGUAGAAUUCCACAACUCAUUGCAGAGAUCAUGGGACUUCGUAACAAACUGACAGAGUUAGAAAGAACAUUAUCAGAGCUCAAACGGAGAAGUGCUGACAAGAUGGAAGAUCUUCAGAGUCUACUGAAGCAGAAGAGCAAGCAGCUUGAAGAAAACACUACACAACUGAGGGCUGUAGAUGCCAAAAAUGCAGAACAGAUUCUGAAGAUCAUUGAACUACAGAAACAAGUGAAUGAGAUACGGAUUGAAGUUUCAAAAGGCAAAGAUGAAACUGCAUCAGAAAUCUCUGCGCUUCAGGAACAACUAGAGGCCAGAGAGGAAGAGAGCGCCAGAUGUCAGGCCCAGAACAAAGACCUGGAGAAGAGGCUGGGCGAUAAGGAUGCACAGUGCUCUGGACUCCAGGACCGAUAUGACAAUCUGCAAGAUAAGCUUGGUUCUGCAAUGAAUAAACUGGACAAUGUAACUGGAUACAACGACAAACUCGUUCUUGAGGUAUGGACCCUGACUAAUGAGGUAGACGAUCUAAAGAAGAGAACUGUGACUUCUGCAACUAAGAUCAAUGAGCUCCAAAAGUUGCUGGAUGAGAAGAUCAAAGAACUGGCAAAGAAAACACAGGAACUGGAGGAUAACGCUCCUCAACCAGAGAAUGUUCUAAGGAUCAUUGCAAUACAGAAUGAGAUCUUGAACCUGCAGAAAGGAGUUAGCAAUGGGACAAACUUUGACCAGAUUGCUGCACUUGAGAAUGAACUGGAUGCAUUGAUUGCCACAAUCGAGGAGAAGAACAAUGGCAACUGUAGACAGAUUCUGCAGAUCAUUGCACUCCAAAAUCAAGUGACAAGAUUGCAGAGGCAAGAGUUAGAGUUCAAUCAGUCAUCUGAGGCCAAGAUUGCUGAGCUAGAGAAUCAGCUACAGGAGACGAGAGACCAGCUGAAUGAAAAGAAAGACGAGCUGAAAGAAACUGACAGUAGAAUUCCACAACUCAUUGCAGAGAUCAUGGGACUUCGUAACAAACUGACAGAGUUAGAAAGAACAUUAUCAGAGCUCAAACGGAGAAGUGCUGACAAGAUGGAAGAUCUUCAGAGUCUACUGAAGCAGAAGAGCAAGCAGCUUGAAGAAAACACUACACAACUGAGGGCUGUAGAUGCCAAAAAUGCAGAACAGAUUCUGAAGAUCAUUGAACUACAGAAACAAAUGAAUGAGAUACGGAUUGAAGUUUCAAAAGGCAAAGAUGAAACUGCAUCAGAAAUCUCUGCGCUUCAGGAACAACUAGAGGCCAGAGAGGAAGAGAGCGCCAGAUGUCAGGCCCAGAACAAAGACCUGGAGAAGAGGCUGGGCGAUAAGGAUGCACAGUGCUCUGGACUCCAGGACCGAUAUGACAAUCUGCAAGAUAAGCUUGGUUCUGCAAUGAAUAAACUGGACAAUGUAACUGGAUACAACGACAAACUCGUUCUUGAGGUAUGGACCCUGACUAAUGAGGUAGACGAUCUAAAGAAGAGAACUGUGACUUCUGCAACUAAGAUCAAUGAGCUCCAAAAGUUGCUGGAUGAGAAGAUCAAAGAACUGGCAAAGAAAACACAGGAACUGGAGGAUAACGCUCCUCAACCAGAGAAUGUUCUAAGGAUCAUUGCAAUACAGAAUGAGAUCUUGAACCUGCAGAAAGGAGUUAGCAAUGGGACAAACUUUGACCAGAUUGCUGCACUUGAGAAUGAACUGGAUGCAUUGAUUGCCACAAUCGAGGAGAAGAACAAUGGCAACUGUAGACAGAUUCUGCAGAUCAUUGCACUCCAAAAUCAAGUGACAAGAUUGCAGAGGCAAGAGUUAGAGUUCAAUCAGUCAUCUGAGGCCAAGAUUGCUGAGCUAGAGAAUCAGCUACAGGAGACGAGAGACCAGCUGAAUGAAAAGAAAGACGAGCUGAAAGAAACUGACAGUAGAAUUCCACAACUCAUUGCAGAGAUCAUGGGACUUCGUAACAAACUGACAGAGUUAGAAAGAACAUUAUCAGAGCUCAAACGGAGAAGUGCUGACAAGAUGGAAGAUCUUCAGAGUCUACUGAAGCAGAAGAGCAAGCAGCUUGAAGAAAACACUACACAACUGAGGGCUGUAGAUGCCAAAAAUGCAGAACAGAUUCUGAAGAUCAUUGAACUACAUGAACAAAUGAAAGCAAUACAAACGGAAGCUUCAAAAGCCAAAGAUAAAAGUGCAUCAGAAAUCUCUGGGCUACAGGAACAACUUAAGGCCAAGGAGAAGCUGAAUGCAAGACUUGACUCCAAAAACAGAGAGCUGGAGAAAUUUCAGAAGGAAAUGAAAAUGGAAUGUGAUGAAAUCCAGCACAGGUGCAAAGAGGUACAGCUUCAAACGGAUCAAAACCAAGAGGACUUGCUUAAAAUGCAGCAGCAAUUGCGAGAGAAGGAGGCAGCCUUCAAUAGACUGCAGCAGCAACUCAGAGACAGCAAGGAUGACAAUGCCAGACUACAGGAGAGAAAUAAGAGUUUGCAAGAGGAGAAUGACAAACUCAAGAUGAAUUUACAAGAUCUUGUGGUAGAUCCAGAAACGGUUGUCCAUAGCACUAAGGUGGCCUUUGACCCGGACACAGCCCAUCCUAAAAUCAUUCUGUCAGCGGAUGAGACAGUAAUGUCUGUAGCACAACAGCGACAGAAUGUCCCCAACGAUCCAGGGCGGUAUGACUUGUCUCUUGCUGCUCUUGGAAAGACUGGGUUUAACAGGGGGAGAAAUUACUGGGAGGUUGAAGUGGCUGGGAAGACAUGUUACAAUAUCGGAGUUGCCAGAGGAUCAGCUAAUAGGAAGGGGCAGCUGAAACUAAAACCAGCAGAAGGCUACUGGACCAUAAUCUUGACAAAACAAGGUGUGCUCAAAGCCCUUGCAGCUCGGCCACUUGAUAUUCAGCUGCCUGCAGUCCCCCAGAAGUUUGGAAUACUUUUAGACUACAAGAAGGGAGAGGUCUCUUUCUACAAUGCAGAUACCAGGUCUCUUCUCCAUACAUUCACAGGCAAUAGAUUCACAGAUAAACUAUAUCCAUUCUUCAAUGCCUGUCUGGAGACUAAUGAUGAGGAUGCUCCGAUUGUCUUAACUCGUGUUGGUUCGGUGUCAUGGAUAGACUAGAGAAUGCAUUUGAAAUCAAAUUAAUUUCUGUGGUAGUGAUUCAAGAUAAAGUCAUUUCAAUUAUGCAUUUUCAAUCAUUCAACAAAUAAAAUAUUGCACCUGA